GGACCACUGCGGGCCCAGCGAGAAGAUGCGUCGGCGCCUCUAUAAAGGGGUCCCUCCCCAGGUGAGGGGCCAGGUGUGGGCCCUCCUGCUCGAUAUUGAACACGUGAAGUCCACCCACCAGGGGCUGUACGAGUGGCUGGCCGUUGGGGCUCCGUGUGCUGAUGCUGGUCCUCCUCCCCGGGUCUGCCCCCAGAAAAUGAAGGAGCAGGCCCAGGUCUUCUCCAAGGACAUCCGGCAAAUCGACCUGGACGUGAACCGCACCUUCCGGAACCACAUCAUGUUCCGGGACCGCUAUGGCGUUGGGCAGCGAGCCCUCUUCCAUGUGCUCCUGGCCUAUUCGGUCUACAACCCCGAGGUGGGCUACUGUCAGGGGAUGAGUGAAAUGGUGGCAAUCCUCGUCAUGUUCCUCAGUGAGGAAGACGCCUUCUGGGCCCUGGUGCAGCUGAUGACCAUGGAGACCCAUGCCAUGCACGCCGGCUUGCCCGCCGGGUCCCCCUGGCAGCCCACGGCCACACAAAGCCUGGGCGGUGGCAUGUCCCGCUCCCUGGACCCUCAGCCCAGCACCCAAGCCCCGGCGUUGGGCCUGUACACCCCCUUCACUCUCACCGUGGGAGGCUCGUCCUGCCCCCCAGGGCAGGUGACCCGCUUGCCCCUGCUGCAACCACCGCAGGAAGCCCGGACGGCUCUGCUGUUGUCACGGACGAACGGGCGCAGCCAGGGCUGGGAGGGCUGUGGGCACACGCUCCAGUCAGGGCCUGGGAGCGGAGCCCUUGGCAGACUCACCCCCCACCUGGUGGGGGACAUGGCCCUGAUGGUGGGGGUGCCUGGGGCCUUCUCAGGGUUCUUCGCUCCGGGAUUCCCAAAGCUGGCCCGUUUCCAGUGGCAUCACGACGACAUCAUGGAGAAGGAGCUCAAAGGCCUGAAGAAACACCUGGCGAGUAGACGCUCCCCGGAGGCCCUGCCCUCACGGCCCAGGGCAGGGGACGAGCAAGGGAUGAGCGCGGGGCUGUACACCACCAAGUGGUUUCUCCAAUGUUUCAUCGGCCGGACCCCCUUCGCGCUCACCCUGAAGCUGUGGGACGCCUACAUGCUGGACGGAGAGCGCGUCCUCACAGCUAUGGCCUACACCGUCCUCAGGCUGCACCGCAAACGCCUCCUGAAGCUGCCCCUGGAAGGGCUGCAGGGCUUCCUUCAAGACACCCUGGCCCAGCCCUGGGCCCUGGAGGAUGAGGCCGUCCUCAAACAGCUUCGGGCCUCCAUGGCCCAUCUGCGAAGGAGGAAGUGCGACCUGCCCCCGCCAGCCGGCCCUGAGGAGUUCCCCAAGAUGCCCCUGGGCCAGGAGCAGGUGUCCCCAGCCCCGACGGCCCUCCUCCCUUCUCCUACCCUGGAGACGCUCUCUGGAGCGGACGGGCUGGCCUCCCCAGGCCCAGCCGCACACGCUGAGCAGCCGGGACCCCUUCCCCGACAGGCCGUGAUCAAGGCCCAGCAGUCGCUGCGGGAGGGAAGGUCGACGCGGCCCUUGGCUGUACCCCUGCGGCCGGGAGCCCCUGGGACCCCGGUUCUGUCGCGGCUGCCCCCACAGCGAUGCAGUUCCCUCCCCAACCUCCCAGGACACCAGGGGGGUGUGUGCAGGGGGUCUGUGGACAUGGCCUUGAGGCCACAACCGUGGGCCCCUUUUCCUUCAGCCCCUGCUGGGGCCACCCCUGUGGCCACACCCCACACCAAGCCCCAAAACAUCUCUGGGUCUCCUGGGACGAGGUCGUCCCAGCCCAGGAAGGAGGAUGCAGGAGGGCCAAGGACAUCCUUCCUGCCCUGGGGCCUCUGUAGCUCCUGCCCCUUUGUGGCCUUCGACCAGCCCAGCCGAGACACGUGCGGGCCAAUGCAGAGCCCACAGCCCCAGGGCCCUGCACAUGCCUGGGCCCCACUUACCGCCUCCUGGAUGGGAAAAGUUGAUUUCCCAAGGCCUCUGGAGAAGAGUUUGGGGGCCGAGAGGCUCUGGGCAGUCAGCACAGUGCCCUGCCUCCUCACUCUGGACUUUUUAGAAGAUGGCACCCCCGCCAGGAGGUACAAGUCACUGACCUAG